UCGGAAGCGGAUACCUGCGCUGCAUCGGCACCACUGCAGACCGUGUAGGCUGAACUGCGCCUCCGUUGCACAUUUGGCUCUAUUCUGGCUGACCAUGGAGAAGGCGGUCACAUCACCAUCCGGCGCACUAGCAGGGGAGAAGAUGGCACCACCAUCCAUCAGUCUACUUCCUGACAAGAGAUCUCCAACAAACAGUCACAGCUCUCCAGCCCGAACUGGAAAGACUACUCCAUCUAACUCAGAGAAGAAGCCACACAUGAAUGGACAUGCAUCCCCGUCACACUUAGCAGCUAACGGCAGUAACAACCAUGGAGGUAAACAAAUCAUGGAGGGUUACAUGAAGACAGAUGACAGGAUGCGUUUAGCCAAAGAGAGACGUGAGGAGAGGGAGAGAAGCCUGGCGGCCAGGGAGCAGCUGAUCAGAGAGAAGGAGCGCCGAGCUCGGUUGCAGUACGAACGCACAGUGGAGGAACGCUGGAGGCGUCUGGAGGAGCAACGGCAGAAAGAGGAGCUGCGAAGAGCUGCAGUGGAGGAGAAGAGGAGGCAGCAGCUCGAGGAGGAGAAGCAGCGACUUGAGGCCCUGUUGAAACGCUCUCUGGAGCGAAGCCUUCAGCUGGAGCAGAGGACAAAACGCUGGAGCAGGGGCUGCCCUACAGGAGCAGGUGACUGUGAGAAUGCCCCACUCCCUUUCUCUGCUGCCUCCGCCUUUUCCCAUGGCAUUGCCUCCCCCCUUCCUGCUGUCAGCGAAUCUGCUCCCUGCAGCCCUCACAGGUCACCUUUCUGCAGUUCGCUGAACCCUGCAGAUCACAGCAGACCUGGACUUCACGGAGGCUCUCAGUCCACACCCAAUACCCCCAAGAAAGAGCGGCUGCGCAGAGAAAGAAGAACUGCAUCCCCGGGUUGUGGAUCCCCUGUGAGAAGAUCUGAAUCUCCUGCCGGUGUCACCAAGCACUUGGCUUCCCCUACUACCUCCAAGCUGGUGUCUAGGAUGCGUGCCCAGUCUCCCAGCAGUGCACAUCAGUACCAUUAUUCUCCAACAAGACAACGCCCAAACCUGACAUGUGAUGACAGGAAAUCAGAGGAGAAGAAGCUGGAAAAACAUUGUGAACAAUCCAAAACUGAGACUGCAGUGAAAAAGAAUCCUGACAUCAGCAGCACAAUUUUACAAGCUGAGAAGAAUGCGGUCAACGUUGACAUCACUAAAAACAAAUCACCUAAAGGUGAACACAUUGACAAGCAUCUCAAAGCUGAAGUGAGAAACCAGUCUCCUGACAGAAAGAACCCCAUGUCUCCUAAAGUGGAUUCGUCAGAGAAGAAGACGCAGAACAACGUUCAGGAUGGAGACAAGAAAAAAGAAUCAGCACCGUGCACAUCGGCAGGGAAGGUGGCAGCUGGCACAACAAAUGCAGAGGAGGCCACCAGGCUGCUGGCGGAACGAAGGCGUCAGGCUCGAGCUCAGAAGGAACUAGAGGAUAAAAAACGGGAACUAGAGGAGGAAGAAAGAUUGAGGGAAGAGCAGCUGAAGAAGAAAACCGCACAGGAGCGGCAACAACAAGAGGCAAAGGCUCAACAAGAGGCAAAGGCUCACCAAGAGAAGGAGAGAGGGAAAAGAGAGGAAGAUAAUAACAGGCUGAAAGAAGAAGACGACAAACAAAAGAAGGAACAGCAGGAGAAGGAGUUACAGAUCCAGAUGGACAGAGAGAAAGAAAAAGUCAAGGUCCAGGCUCAAGAGGAUGCAGAGCGUCAGCGGCAAGACAGAGAACUGCAGGCGCAACAAGAAGAGGAGGAGAGACAGCUAAGAAAAAAGAGAAUUGAGGAGAUCAUGAAGAGAACUAGGAAGGGUGAAGCUGACCUGAAGAAGGAGGAGCAGGUGGAGGCGAAGUCGGCAGGGGAUGUAAAGACUGUUCAAACUACUGCUCAGGUCAACGAGCAGCCAGUCAAAAAGGUUGAGUUUCAGGUUAAACAGCAGGUCCAGGCCAGAACAAAGGAAACCGUGAAGAAAGAAGCAGCAUCGCAGAUGGACAAUCAGAAGAGCAUUCAAGUUAAAAACAACACUUAUCUUGCUCCACCAACACACAGUGUUCCUGACAAGAGACCCGACACCAAACAAAGCAGCGAAGAGCACAGCAGCCAACUUAACAAAGAAGCCAAAGCAUGUGUUCUCAAGCAGCAGGGAAAAGAGGCGGAAAUGAAUGUAAACAAGCAGCGCAGAGCAAAUGUGAAAGUCACAGACCAAACGAAUAAACAGCCAACAAAGCCGACAGAAGAUGCCAAAGUAAACCAAAGGGAGGGAAGUAUGACGAACGGAGCGGUGAAGGGUGAAGGAAGUGCCUUGAUGAGCAGUCAUCGAACUGCUGAAGUAAGCAAACAGAAAAGCCUGGAUGUGACGUCAGCUGAAGGAAAGGCUCAGGGAGGGGCCCGGGUGGAGGUCAUCAGACCUCCUGUGACACCCCUGCCGGUGGGACCACCACCAAUCAUCAAACUGGAGCCGCUAGAUGUGAAGCGAACAGGGUCUGGUGAUGAGGUGCAGUCGAUGGAGGUCAGCCCAGCUUCAAGGGAAGAACUCAUUUCAAUCCCAGAGUUCUCACCCGUCAACGAAAUGCAGCACUGUGGCAUGAGUAACACUCGAGCUCUGGAAGAUCUCAUUGACCUGACAGGAAGUGCCACUUACUCCAAACUGUCCUCUGAAAGCAACAUAGGAGACUGCAACAAGAACCUCAUUGAGGGUGUUGUUAGUCCCAUGUCAGACUCAAAGCUCAUUGGGAUGUCGCCUCCAUCUUCUAAUAAACUUAGCGUCCAGUAGUUUCUCUUUCUCCUGCUCUCCUGCUUGCCUUGUCGCUCUCUCUUCUCUCUGUCACACACACAGGCUGUUGCAUUUCACCCUUCUGUCUCCACAGUUAUGGAAAUAGAGCCAUAGAGAUUGUCUUAACAAAUGUAAACUAUGACUUGCAAUAUAAAAAUAACAUCUCCUGCAUACUAAUCACAUAGCAACUGGGCACUGAGGUGAUGUGUUAAAGGUUUGGUUUAAUCUUGUUCUGUGUAAGGUGGAGAGAGAAGUUGUGAGUAGAUAUGUGACAAGGAUAAAAAAGACAAAUAUCAGGGUUUUUAAUAAUAUAUGAAUUUAGAAAACAAACUAUUACUACUAGCAUCUUUUAGCCUGGUAAGAAUCUCAGUUGUUGUUUUUUUCCUCACUGGUCCCAGUUCAUUUCCACUACUGGAGUAUUAAAGCCUGCUCAGAGCAUCAAGCCUUUCAGUGAGAUUCAGUGUGUUGCAGGGGAAGGCAUGACUAUUUCAUUUUAACAAUGGCCUAGUUUUUAAUACUUAAAAAUGUUAUUUCUAGGUAAUGUUAUUCAUGCAUGUUGACUGAUGACUGACUUGGAUGGAAUUCAUUAAAUGUAUCUGUCAAACUAAAACCCAACCAGACUGUCAGAACCACAGCAAUCUUAACCCACUGAUGUGCAAUCAUGGGAUUAUUCACAUUUUUUAAAAAAUUCUAAACAAUGAGUUGAUUCAUUUCAGCUCUUUUUGAUCUUUAAAUGAGGCUUUCUAAAUGCAUGUGACUGAGAAAUAUGAACCCAUAGCUGUCAACUUGAAUGCUACUGCACAUUAAGGAAAAAGAUGCUGGCAUCAACACAAAUGAUGGUGCAGAAACAGCUUCAGUCUCCUACUUGGAUUCUAUCGCAAAUAUACAGUUAUCAAGCAAGCAAAGCACCUUUUAUGCAAUCACUCUUCUGAUAGGAUUGAGCUCCAAUGAUAAAAACGCAGACAACUGAGCAACUUCGUGUCAUCUAAAACAUUUUCUGUGGGAGAAUCUUGCUUUGACGAACUCAGUGCAAACAGAUCUAUAAAACAUUCAUUCACUAGGCUCCACUGGAUAGAUAUGUGGCUGCUGAUGUGUCAGUCUGAAGUGCACUGGAGAAGGAAUGUGUGUUUAACAGCCAACAUGUAUGUGUACUCUGUAGCUAUAAAAAUGCCCUUUGAUGUUAAGGUUUUUAUCCUUCCAUCUUGCUGUAUUCUUUAGUCAUGUGCAGGAACUACACAGUGGUUCCUUAGCGUCUGCAGCAAUUCAUAUAAUGACAAAUAAUUGCAACUAUUCAUUCCAUGUAUUAUGCCAAAAUGUGAUUUCAGUAGAGAUGCCUUAUAAGGGACUAACCAGUUUCUUUAUUUCUGUGUUUAUUUUUCCAUUUGGUCACUGGGAUAGAUGUGUGUCACCUGUAAUACUUGAACCUUGGUUUGAAAUGUCAUCUCUGACGUGCUGCAGAUAAUUAUACCAACAGCUGGGACACACUGAGACAUUUAGGUUUGUGUUCCUGCAGACUACCCGUAGCUGAAAAAGUCUUAAGUGAAGUAGCCAUACAGAAACAUACAGUAUUUGUGAGUUAGGAUUUGCUUUAUAUUUUGCAGUUGUGUUGCAGUCUUUAUUGCAAAUGACUGGUUUUAGGUAAAAGCAAAUAAGCAUAAAGAAAUUAUACAUACAGUCACUUCAAAAAGUAUUCAAGUCUGCUCAUACCCGCACAUCAAAACACAAAUCUUUAAGUUAUGUAAUUACUGUAGACAUUGUGCAUGUUUGGCAUGAUCACAACAGUGUUAUCUGAAACAAUAAAGUGUAAAACUGAG